UGCAGGAGGUUUUUGUAUAUGUUCGGCGCACGAAAGGCUUGAACAGGUUAGAAAUUUAUCCGUGGAGCAUAUCUUUAGGAAAGCUAUGUUUGUCCUUUCUCUCCUAUUCCUGUUGCUGUCUGUCGACACCGCGUCCUUCACUCCCGCGAGGUCCGGGCGGAGUAGAAGGGGUCUGCUGGAACUUGAUGGAAUCGUUAAGUGUGGCACUGGGAGAUCUUCUCUGGCCUACAUCAUGUACGGCUGCUACUGUGGCUUGGGGGGGCAGGGCUGGCCCAGGGACAAAGCAGACUGGUGCUGUCACAGACACGACUGCUGUUACGAAAAGGCCGAGAUGGUCGGAUGCCAGGUCCAGGCACAGAAAUCCCCCUGGGCUUGCGAGACGGCCCCCAUCUCCUGCGAAUCGCUGAAGGACAAGUGUGAGAAGAUGCUGUGCAGGUGUGACAGGGAAGUAGCUAAAUGCUUGAGAAAAGCACCCUUCAUUUCAGACUACGCAGUGUGGCCAGACUUCCUCUGUGGAUUUGAGUACCCAACGUGCAAUUAUUACUGAAGCAAUGAACGCAUUUCAUGUUGCAGUAUUGCUGCCUCACUUUAUAGUUAAAACAGCAGCAAAGAGAAAUAUUAAAAGCGAUAUUUGGAGAUAAACACACACAGAAACCAUAAGAUGGGUGUAAAAAGCAGCAACUGUUUUGUCACCAUUGUUUUCAAUCUAUUGAAAACGCCCAGUGGAGAUUCAAGUUCUUCCGGAAUAUUCGGUCACAAAUUGCUUUUGACCAAAUAAAUGAUGCAGAAGAUUCUAUAUCAAA